AUGCUCAACUUCUUUGGCUCCUCCGGCAAGCCAAAACCAGCUCCAGCUCAGAGCAACAAUGUCGCCACCGCCGCCACCGCCACCACCAGCACCAGCAGAUCCACCUCGGCCAGCGCCUCCUCUUCCACCUCUUCCGCACCCCCACCUCGAAAGAAGCCAAAGACCUCGCCCGCACCCGGCGUAGUCGUCACAACGACUCGCAGGCUGGUGCGCCCGCCACCCGCCACCGCAUCGCCCGCAGUCCCCGCCAACCGAGACUCGAUCGAGUCCAUCUCCGGCUACCGCCCCAUCAACGCACUCUCCGAGGACAAGCGGCGCCGCAUCCUCGAGGACCGUCACGCCGCCGAACUCGAAAAGCGCAGGGCCUACGAGGCGGCAAACCCGCCCACAAAGCCAAAGCGCACAUCCUCCUCCGCCGCCAGCCGCGACCGCUCAAAGCAAUCCAGCAGGGCUCCCAGCGUCGCCUCCGACCGACCCACCGCAAAGAGCCGCAAAAAGAAGCGCACCGCAGUCUUUAGCAGCUCCGACGACGACGACGAUGACGACCUCGACUUCGGAUCGUCAGCCAGGCGCGGCAGCGCUAGGGGGAGUCGUGCCCCCUCGACGCCCUCAAAGCGCCGCAGCGUCGACCCCUUCGCCUCGUCGGCUGCCGGUGGCGGCGGGAGCGGCAGCUACCAGGUCCUGGGCCGCGAGGGCGUCGCCCCUUCGUACUCUGUCCCGCGCGACAUCCUGGCAGACGACUACGACUCGCCACCGGCCGAGCUUGCCGAUGCGCCCCCCCUCGUCCAGAGCUGCGACGUCGUGGCCAGCUCCAUCAAGGGCUUUGGACCCUUCUUCAACGGCCUCGGCGACAACCCGAGGGCGACGCUCGAGUAUCCGGCGCCCGGCCAGUCCGAAGAGUAUCUCCUUCUCGUGCCCCGCGACCGCGACGAGUACGACCCGCUACUCGAGCUGCUCAUGGCAGUCAAGACGAUUGUCAGCAACUACCUCACCCCGGAGCAGCAGAAGCUGUUUGGCUCGCUCGACAGCCUCGAGAUCUCGAGCAACGCAGGCAUGAUCCUGCCCGGCGGCGCCGGUGGCACGGCGGCCAUGGCGGCCACCCGGGCCAGGCUCGAGGGGGCCAACGGGACGGCACGCGCGCGGUCGGCGGACCUCAUCGACAGCGGUGUGGGCAAGGCGGAACGGAGGGACGACCUCGACCCGGCGGCCCCAGGGCGACAUGCGGACGACGAGGAGCGGGCCCACGGCCACGGCGCGGAAACCCCUCGCACGCCGCGCAACGACGACAGCCCAGGACCCGACCCCGAGCGCAAGGUGCCCAACGGACACUCGCACACGGCGCCCGUGUCGCCCUCGGCGUCGGCAUCGUCCUCGUCGCUGCCGCACCGCAACGGCACCACCCACGCCAACGGAUCGGGCCACGCCUCGCUGUCGCCGGUCAAGGCCGCCAUCCUGGGCAACGCGGCGCUGAUGCCGGGCCUCGACUCGCCCGUUGCCGCUCCCGCCUCUCCGCCCAGCUCGCAGGCGUCUACGGCGGCCAGUGUCACGACGGCGGCCACGACGACGGGCGCGGCGACGGAUCCGGAUCCGAUCCUGCGGUCGUUUGCCAAGGCGCGCAACCGGCGCGAUGGGCCGCUGUUCCUGCGCACGCUGGCGCGCUUCAAUGCCGAGCUGGUGCGGCUGCGCGCGUCGGGCGCGCUGUCGCGCAACAUCGCCGCCAUGGGCCGCAAGGCGGGUGUGCCCGAGGGCGUGUGGCGGCUGGUGCAGGACCAGGUGUACGCGCGCACCGUGGGACCGCGGGUCGAGGAGCUGGGGCGGUACCAGGCGUUUUCGGACAACGUCUACGGCGAGCUGCUGCCGCGCUUCAUGUCCGAGAUUGCGCAGCUGACGCGGCUCGGGCCGGGCAAGGUGUUUGUCGACCUGGGCAGCGGCGUGGGCAACCUGCUCAUCCAGACCAGCCUGCAGACGGGCGCCGAGGCGUACGGCUGCGAGAUGAUGGCCGUCCCCGCGGGCCUGGCCGAGCGCCAGAUCCAAGAGGCCCAGCGGCGGUGGCGGCUGUGGGGGCUCAAGGGGGGCGACCGCGUCGAGGCGUGGAAGGGCGACUUUGGCGAGCACGAGGGCGUGCGCGACGUGCUCCGGCGGGCCGACGUCGUGCUGGUCAACAACUACGCAUUCCUACCCAAGACGAACGAGAACCUCUCUCUCCUCUUCCUCGACCUACCGGAUGGGGCGCAGGUGGUAUCGCUCAAGCCCUUUGUGCCGCUCGACUUCCGUCUGACGGAACGUACGCUCUCGUCGCCGCUGGCCAUCCUGCGCGUCAUUGAACGCACCUAUACCAGCGGCUGCGUCAGCUGGGCCGACGGAGGCGGAAAGUAUUAUAUCCACAUUGUCGAUCGCCACCUCAUUCGCGAUUGGUUGCACCGUAACGGUGGGAUGGGCAAGGGUGUCGAGAGGAGGAGGUGGAAGAAGAGAAAUGAUGAGGACGAGGAUGAGGACGACGAGGACGAGGAGUGA